AUGGCGUUCGAUAGAAGAAAAAGGUUUGAAAAACUGACCACGUCAACUCCCGCCCGUGUGGGGCCGGGUACUUACGACAUAUCGGACCUAUCAAAGCCGCUUCGAGAUCCGGAAAACGCUUAUCCAUUUUUGAACGGUGCCAGCAGGCAGACACUCAGCAUACCAAAAGACUCGCAUAAGUUUCCAGGCCCGGGCUCUUACAAUAUAGAGGCACUGCGGAAACGUAUACCAGAACGUGCAGGCGGCAUUAGCAUCGAUUAUACCGACGUUAGAUUCAAAGAAAGCAUAGACAAAGGAUCAGAUCCAGCAAAGUAUACCUUGCCGGAUGAUUUGUUCAAGGAAACGCCGCGGAGAAUAAGAUCCCAUCCGGGCACUUGGCGAGGUCCUGCGGGCAAAUUAUGGUUGAUUCGUCCACCGCGGCCAAUCAUGCAAACGGGCCUCUCUGUGUUUCCCAGCUCGACACGAGACUUCGGCGGAUACGGAUACGAUGAACGUGGCGUACUUGCGAAAAAUCCGGUCAUCGAGCAGGAGCCGAGCGAUUUUUACGACGUUCCCCGAGGGGAGACAAACUUUGCUACUCUGAAGUACAAAGGAAACUUUUGGAGCAGAAUGAAGGGUAGAGAUGACGAACGGACUUCCGCGACUCCGGGUCCCGGGUGUUACGAGCACGAGACAAAGAAAAGUCCCGCCCAAAUCCACGACGAGAGAAUCAGAGAAGCGAAAAGGGCUGCCGCUAAGCAGCCGCGUUUCUUGGAGGCUUUGUGCCGGCAAAAAUUGCGCCAAAAUUUUCCGGCUCCCAAUUAUUACGAUCCACGGAAAAGCGUGUUCGAUAAGCACAAACGGAUCUCGUGCAAGUGUGAUUCUUAUGCGGCAGAGCCGCCUCCCUUUAAUCAGACUGCCAAGAGAUUCGAAGUAAAAGUUUGGUCAGAUACACCUGGACCUGACGCAUACGAUGUCGCGAUUCGACAAAUUUGUUACGGUUCCAUUCUUAAUGCACCUUUCGGUGCUUGCAGUGCCCGUUUUAAAAAACCCGUCCGCAUGGCGGAUACACCAGACCCUGGGGAUUAUCACACAGAUAUCGGAAAUUUGGCCUUUGAAUCCGCCAAGCGUUUUAAAGGCAAACAUAAGAAGAUGACUGAUUACUUAAAGUUUUACGUAACGUCAACAUCAAUGAGUGACAUCACAAGUUUCAGUGAGGAAUAUGCAUUAACUGAUGAACGUAAGAUAACGGAUGAGGGAAAAUGUGCGGUAUAUCAUGCAGUGUUUAAAUCAAGAGUAGAGAGAUUUGCCAAAAUCCGCAAAGACGAUGAUGGACCGUAUCCGGGUGCUUACGAAGCUUUAUCAGCUUUCAAGGCUAAUCGUGAUAGAUGCGAUUUCCUUUGCCGACGAUUAGCUCCACCCUUCGGUUCACGCGCCAGUCGCUUUCCGACGAUACCGAAAAGCCUUGAUUUCCAUGUACCAGGUACAAAGCGAGGUCCGUCACACUACGAUCUCAGAGGAGAUAUAUCAAAGAACGUGAAGUACGGCGUGAUAUGCUACGCUCCUCGUGAACGAAACAAGGAAAUCAAAGGACCAGGACCAUCGCACUAUCGCAUACAUCCGUAUAUCGCAUCAUCGGUCCUGAAGAAGUCGUUUAACAUCACUCUCGAUAAAUCGGAAAUCGUAAAACCUAGCUGUAAAAUUCAGAAGUCGUCGUGCCAUCGACGAUCGAAGAAAACUUCUCGUUACUUCGUUGUGCCUCGAAGAACGUAUCAGCAUUGUGUUUCCAAAUCGUUAUUGAUCAACUGA